CAAAAAGUAGCGUCACAUUUAGUCAUUAGUUCUAUGAGAGCAUAUAUUUUGUUAAAGGAAUCAGAGAUUAUGAUUGGUGUAGUUCUGUAGCAGAUUGCUUGCACCUUGGUGUAAUGAAUUUCCAGAAUAAUGCAAGGAAAGGAAACAGUACUGGGAAGGCAACACUCGGCGGGUGUCUUUUCGUUCUUGUGGCUGCAUAUUUUGAUUACUUGGUUGUGGAUCGUACCAUUAUUCAGCCAACUCUGCCCAGGAUUCUUGUGGGGGGUGACAAUGCUAUACUUAAUUACAGUGGUGCUCAGCCAGCAACCAAAGACAUUCAGUUCAAGAGAGUUGAGGACACGCUGUUCAAUGAACACCAAAUGGACCCUUCUACACUGCGUGGAUUUAAUGGGCCAGAUGUCACCAACGCUCCUCAUGAACCUGGAAUGCACGGUGGCAAUUUUGCUACAAAUGUCCAAUAUGGUACACACAAUACCAAUGAGCAACACGAGGCAAAUUCCCCAAUGUCACCACUUUUAAGGCCAACCAGCUCAGUUCGUGGCUAG